GUGACUUGUUGCUCGUGUAGUCCCGUGAUCCAUGUAUCUCCAGGCGGAUAUCUCUCUAACGUGGAUCAAUGAGGGGCCGUGAUGGGCUGGUGGGGCAGCUCCGUGCUACUAGGCUUGCUGGCCUCGCUGUCUGUCCUGCAAGCUGACAACAGAAAGAACAACAUCGAAGAGGCGCUGGAGGUGAUACACGACAUCUCCACAGGAAACAUGGGCACUCUGUGUGUCAGUGAGUUGUACCGCAGUCUGACCGCUCACAUCAGCCCCAUGCGGUACGACACUGCCAGGCAGAAGGCUGAUCUCAUCGCCAUGCUGCUGCAGGAUCUGGGUAUAGCUCAUCACAAUGGCUUGCUAGAUGCUGUGGGCCGCACUCUGCUGGUGUCAGACCGCCACAUGCUGUCGACACGGGUACUGGCACUCAACGCCUCUACCGGCCACCUUACCAGCGUCGCCAUCUGGAGGAAGGCUACCACAGAUUCCCACGAGAUCGUAGAUCUGGGCGCUCGUCGUGUUACAGAUGACAUGCUGCGGCCUGGGGCACGCCCUGACCCCAGUGUGCCCUGGUAUGAAGAUGCGCAGACCAGCCCCACACUCCGCUCCCCAAAGUUCAUGUCCAGCCCAGACUUCAUGGCGUACCGUGGCUGGUGGACAUUCCCGUACUACUCUUGCCUCACUAAACUCUGGAUCAUGUCCUACAGUGUGGUAAUUCCUCCCUCUCCUAAACACGGAGUGAAAGGGCUGCUCAGUUUUGACGUGGACGUGUCUGGGCUAGAGGUGAACCAGUGCGACUCAGGUCACGACCUUCGACAAGUGCAUGUCUUUCGAGGCUCACACAAGUGCCAUAACACAACCCAGUGUGUUUACAUAAGAAGAGGCAGUGGAGGCUGGCAUAGAGGGAGUUACACUUGUAGAUGCAAAACCGGCUACUACUCUCCCCAGAGGGAGUUCAACGGUACAUUAGUAGAAGCCGCUUGGAUUGAAAAAAACUUAAACGCAAGUACAAUCUAUGACGACUUGUACCAAUGCAGAAAAUGUGCACCAGGCUGCGCUGCCUGCAAGGGCCCUUCUCCAUGCCUUUCUUAUUACAACUGGCCAUUCAGAGGUAAGAAGAGUGUUGAACAAGCAAGCGCGAGGACCGCACUACACAGCUCCGCGAUACAGACUGAGGAAGCGUUACCCCCACUCUUCCAAAUGACAAGUAGACCACUACGCAUCGCCAGGCCAGGGCCCGUAUGA